GCUGUAAAGCAAACUUAUCAUCUACGUGGAACUAGCAAUCCAAAAGAUCAGUGAUUUCACCUUUCGCUGAUUGUUGGCGUCCUUGCAGCCUUGCUGACAAACAUUAUGGAGAAACCGAAACCAACACAGUCUUCCAAAUUGCUUGUAUUUCUUACGGUAACCUGUCUUGCAGGAUUAAUUCAUGUUGAAGUUGAACUUUAUGCUUAUCGACAAAUGCUUCAAUUAUUGAAUCGCCCGACAGAAAAAAACCUCGGGAUACAAAGAGCAGAGAGUGACGAAAAAUUGUCGUCGAUGAACUCAUUUUACAGUGACUCAAAUAAAGAUUUACACAUCUGUCACAAGCGCCGUGCACAAACCAUUGACAAGGGAACAAAUUGCAGCGACAGUAUCGAUCACGAAGUCAUCAAAAAGGAAGUGAAACUCGCUUUGAGCAGCAUAACCUGCAAGGUUCGUUGCCCCAAAAGCAAUAAAGGAAAACGAGGAAGGCCUGGUUCCAGAAGUCCUCCUGGAAAGCAUGGAUUGCCAGGGCCACCUGGGAUCUAAGGCCCCGAAGGAAACCAGGGCCCCCCGGGUAUUCAGGGACCUCCUGGGCCUAGGGGUCCCCCCGGAGUCAAGGGAGAUCCUGGUAAAACUAUCUCUGCCCCAUCCAUUAGGGUACCUCCUACAUCAAUAGUGGUGAACGAAACAAAUAAAGCCUCACUUCAGUGUUUGGUCGAAGGAAAUCCAGAACCAAUGGUCAAGUGGCUGAAGCAGAAUUCCAGUCUUCCCAAAGAGAAGCGCAUUGUGCAAUCCCGUGGAGAUCUUUUGAUUAUGGAUGUGACGUCACGGGAUAAUGGAAUGUACACUUGUGUGGCGAAAAAUAUCUUGGGAGUGAUGAAAGCCUCGGCUACAUUGACAGUUCAAGUUGCCCCAAAGAUUAUUCAGAAACCUUCGUCAGUAAACGUCGAGGAAGGGAAAAACUUAACCUUGCUCUGCAAAGCCAUUGGUCAGCCAACACCGACAAUCGCUUGGCGAAAAGCGUUCGGACAGUUGCCGAGAAGGAAGACAGCAGUUGUUAAUGGAAACCUGAUAAUAACAAAUAUUGCAAAGGUAGAUAUUGGAGCUUACGCAUGUGUCGCAAAAAACAUCAUCGGAGAAGAUUCCGCUGUCGCUCUUGUGGUAGUUAGCAGCGGACUUAAAUUUACAUUGAAACCUCCUGAGAAAGUAGCGGCAUCAGCCCUCAGUAACGUAAUGCUUAACUGUGCAGCUCAAGGUUCAUCAGAUAUUCAAUGGAUAAAGGUCGGUCGUGGUCUCGCGUCAAAUCAUGUUCUUUAUCCAAACGGAACUUUGCUACUAAGGAAAGUUAGUCUUGAUGACACUGGGACUUAUUCGUGCUUGGCAAAAAAUUCAAGGCGUUUUAUAGAGGUAAAAACUGUAGUUAAAGUGCUAAGGCCCAUGUCAUCUUGCAGCAGACUAAAGACAGCCUUAAGUGGAAUAUCCUCAGGUACUUAUACGAUUGACUCUGAUGGCAACGGAGGCUUGACGCCCUUCAGUGUCUACUGUGACAUGAGUGACAAAGGCGGAGUUGGCGUGACGGUCAUUAGUCACGACAGUGAAGAAAGAACUCAUGUUGGUGGUCAGGAUGGAUGUGAAAGCAACGGAUGUUACAGUAAAGAUGUGCAAUACAGUGGAGUCAGCACCGAUCAGCUGUCAGCAAUUACACGAGUCUCACAAAAUUGUGAACAGUUUAUUAAGUUUGAGUGUAAAAAUGACGUAUCUUUUCUAGAAGAAGGAAGUGGCUGGUGGAUGUCACGUGAUGGAAAACGUAUGAACUACUGGGGUGGAGCAACAGGACAUGAAAAGAUGUGCGAGUGCGGAGUAAAAAAUUCCUGUUCAAGUGGUUACAAGUGUAACUGCCACGGUGAAUUUCCAAGACUGUCCAACGUUGGCUGGAGAGAGGACGGUGGUCUGUUGACAGACAAGUCUUCUCUUCCCGUGUCACAAAUCAGACUCGGUGACCUCGGAGAUUGGCCACAGGAAGAGGGAUACUACACAAUAGGAAAACUGAAGUGUUAUGGAUAAAAGAAACGCAGAAACGAUAGUAACAGAAACGUUUCCACGAAAACUCUAACACUGGACUGAAUAUGUUAAUGCUUAAGACUUCUUUAGUUAGUUCUGUUCCAUAAAUCAAUUACCUGGCUGGUAUAGGACAUUAUCCAAACAACAAAAGGACAUUCGAUGCACAACGAUUUUUCUCAGUUUUUCUUUAAGGACUAGGCUGUCACCCGUCCCGACCCAAACCUCGAGCUCCCUCGCUUUAUCAAUCGCUGCUUCUGUCGCACAGUUGACUAUUUCGCUACUUUUUACUAGCUAAACGCCUCGAAAAGGCUAAGAAAUUAAUCAAAAUUCUCUAAAGAGUCUCCACAUAGUUGA